AUGGCAAACUUGACUGAAAUCAACCGCAAACACUUUGAUCAACUUGCCCACGACUAUGACACCGGGUUUGAAAAGGGCAUCAGGACAAUACGCGAAGAGACGCAAAGUCGCCGCCUGUGGAUCAGCUCCAAAUGGACAGAUACUCCAGAGGGCAACGGAAAGGAGAUCAAACUCUUGGAAUAUGCCUGUGGGCCAGGAUACAUCUCCCGGACACUGGAGCCCUUCGUGACUAAAUGCCUCGGCCUUGACGUGUCAGAAGGCAUGGUAGCCGCAUACAACCAGCGAGUCCAAGAAGCCGGUAUCUCCCCCGAAAAAAUGUCUGCAAGGGUCGGUGAUCUGCUCGCGGACAGCGUAGCAGAAGAUCUACAGGGACCAGAGUAUCACGACUUCGACAUUGUCAUCGUCGGUAUGGCCUUGCACCAUUUCCCGGAUCCGCAGCUGGCAAUCAAACGAUUGGCUACCAGAUUGAAGAAGGGAGGUGUGCUUUGGAUUAUUGAAAUGCUUGAAGAUGAGCACUCGGAGCAUGAACACAAACUCAUCAGUCCGGAGACUGCUGUGACGGUCCACAAGCAUGGAUUUGGUAUUGACGAGAUGAAGGGUUUGUUCACAAACGCCGGCUUUGGCUCUGAUACAGAAGUCAAGGUGCUGGACAGACCGUUUGAGCUGACGAUGAAAGGCCAUGAUUUGGCGAAGACGAUCAUUAGAAGGCCGUCGUCUAUUGGAGUGUUGAGGCUCAAGGAAGACGUUAUGUCCGAAUCGGGCUUAGCGCGAACUGUGUCGUGCGAAGUUGCGAGCCGGAACAACCUCAGACCAACCUCGGACCUCAACCAAUCCACCACCAUCUCCCCUCCACACACGCGACAAACGUACCGUGGAGGUCUGGUACCGAGUCAAUUGGCUAGUCUCGUUGUUCGACAAUCUUCUGAAGCGAGCCGACCGACAAUGCAAAAGUGCCGGGCCUUCAAUGGCGCUCUGGGCCGGAAAGCCCUGGCUCCCACCCCUUCCAACCUACGAGUGCAGUUCCAGGCGCAGCGAAGGAAUCUACAGGACGUCCAUAUCACUCGGACCGGAAAGCCUAUUUUGAAGAUUCAGGGAGGACGUUCGUCCUUGGGAGGCCACACUGCCACCGUUUUCGGAGCUACCGGAUUCCUGGGUCGUUAUAUCGUGAACCGACUCGCCCGUGCCGGAUGUACUGUCGUGGUUCCCUUCCGUGAGGAGAUGACCAAGCGUCACCUCAAGGUUUCUGGAGACCUGGGUCGAGUUGUUUUCACGGAAUACGACCUUCGUAACACUCAAUCAAUCGAAGAGAGCGUGCGCCAUUCCGACGUCGUCUACAAUCUCGUCGGCCGCGAUUACCCUACAAAGAACUUUACCUACGAAGAUGUCCACGUCGACGGUGCGGAGCGCAUUGCCGAGGCGGUUGCCAAGUACGACAUCGACAGAUUCAUCCACGUAUCUUCCUAUAACGCUGCUGAAGAUUCUCCGUCGGAAUUCUUCAGGACCAAGGGUUGGGGCGAGCGUGUUGUUCGCGAGAUCUUCCCCGAAACUACGAUUGUGCGCCCUGCCCCAAUGUUCGGAUUUGAGGACAACCUGCUUCACAAACUUGCUGGAGUAACCAAUCUCUUUACCUCCAACCACAUGCAGGAGAAAUACUGGCCAGUCCACGCCAUUGAUGUUGGAACUGCCCUGGAGCGAAUGCUGUACGACGACAACACCGCCUCCCAAACAUUCGAACUCUACGGCCCAACGCAGUACUCGACUGCUGAAAUUGCCGAGAUUGUCGACAAGGAAAUUGUCAAGCACCGUCGCCACAUCAACGUUCCCAAGGUCUUGCUUAAGCCCGCUGCUCACUACCUCAACAAGUUCCUCUGGUGGCCCACUCUUUCUCCUGACCAGGUUGAGCGUGAGUUCAUUGAUCAGAAGAUUGAUCGCACCGCGAAGACCUUUAAGGACUUGGACAUUGAGCCCGCUGAGAUUAGCAGCCUCACUUACCUCUACCUUAUGGGCUACCGAAGCUCCCAAUACUACGACUUACCACCGGCGACAGAGCGCGAGCGGAGAGAGGAAAAGAAAUACCUGCAUGUCCUGGAUGAUCAAUAG